AACGGCGGCUGUGAAUGAGUGAACUGAAGUUGUUUGCGGGGGUUAUUUUGGAUGCCACAUCGUUUGUUUUCGGAAUAUGGCUCAGCGUGGACACCUUCAUGUUGCGAGUUCCCAAAAAGCUUUAAUGUUGGAGCUGAAAAGUCUCCAGGACGAGCCCGUUGAAGGCUUCAGAAUAACUUUAGUCGACGAGUCGGACUUGUACAACUGGGAAGUCGCGAUUUUCGGACCCCCUAAUACGCACUAUGAGGGGGGUUAUUUUAAGGCACGUAUCAAAUUCCCCAUGGACUACCCGUACUCUCCUCCUGCCUUCAGAUUCCUUACCAAAAUGUGGCAUCCCAACAUCUAUGAGAAUGGCGAUGUAUGUAUUUCCAUCCUGCACCCACCAGUGGACGAUCCCCAGAGCGGAGAACUGCCGUCAGAGAGGUGGAACCCAACACAGAAUGUCAGAACGAUCUUAUUGAGUGUUAUCUCCCUGCUGAAUGAGCCCAACACCUUCUCGCCUGCCAACGUGGACGCCUCCGUCAUGUACCGCAAAUGGAGGGACAGUAAGGGGAAAGACCGCGAGUAUGCAGAGAUCAUCAGGAAGCAGGUUCUAGCCACCAAAGUCGAUGCAGAGCGAGACGGGGUCAAGGUGCCCACCACGCUGGCCGAAUACUGCGUCCGUACCCGCGCCCCACCUGCCGAUGAGGGCUCCACCUUAUUCUAUGAUGACUACUAUGAUGAUGAGGAGUUAGACGAUGAUGAAGAGGAGGGUGAGGAUUGUUGUUAUGAUGACGACGACUCUGGGACAGAGGACUCUUGACAAGCAGCGCCCAAGCUUUCUGAAAUCUCCGCUUUGGUUUUCCGUUUGAUUUUGUAGCUUUUAAAUCAAGUCAAGAAGGAUGUUUAUUUUCUGUUGGAAGCUCUGAGAUCGACAACAUCUCAUGAAGGGCAAGAGAUGAACUCUUUACGUCUGUUCAAGAAGCAAAUAGAUGUUGCACUCAACUCCAAACCGAGACGCAUAGUUUUUUUGUAGUUUUGUCUGGUUUUGGGGGUAUGUUGGGUUCAACCAAUCAGUGUGAAACAGUCCAGCUUAUGUUUAUUUGAUGCUCGAUAAACAACUUGCCUUUCAAAGGCACCUGAUCUCAAGCUUUCAGUGUCUAAGAUUCAACAGUAUUCGCGACUAGGGUGGGGCAAAAAAGUAGCUAAUACACAUUCUCAGGGCUACUUCUUUCUUGCACCACACUGCAUCAUAUUCUGCUUCUGAAGCCAAGGACUGAACAAGCUGACUGAUAAAUGGAUGAAUUACAUCUAAGCUUCGUCCCCUUUUUGGACUUUAAUGUUUUAUUUUAUUUGCCAACAGGCAUGUCUUAUUUGUGUUUUGUUCUUGGUUUUAUGGGGUUGCGAUGUAUUGCGUUUGAAUCUUCGCUACAUUUAGCUACUCUUUGACAUUUGUUGGUAUUUUAGCUGUCAUAUAUGCUUUUUUAUUUUAAAGCUUUGUGGUGACGCUUUAUUUGGAACCUAAAAUCCUCCUCAGGAAAAUGGACACAAGACUUCGAGUUUGUGGCUGAACUCUUGAUCCAAACAGACUCUUUAAACGCUUUUUGGCCACUUUCUUUUUUUGUUCUUUUUUUUUCUCCUCCUACUUUUUUAUGCUUUGUAAAUCUAUUUAAAGUCUGAAUAAAGAUCUUUAUUAUAA